AUGGUCUUCAUUCUCGGCGUCAACUUCGGCGAGAAAAAGCUCGUCAAGAAAGCCUUGGAAUCCUUCUAUGCCCUGGGCCCAACGACGGCCGACCGGAUAAUGGCCAAAUACUCCAUCUUCCCACGGCAGAGACUAGAGGCCCUGUCGCCCAAGACCGUGCUCGCGCUCACGGCAGAGCUGUCGACGAUGACGAUCGAGAACGACGCACGGAAGAUUGUGCAAGAGAACAUCAGGCGAUUAAAGGACAUGGGAGCGUACAGGGGAAGGAGACACGCGAUGGGUCUGCCGGUGCGUGGACAGAGGGCAAGGAACCAGAACAUGACGUCGGCGAAGCUCAACAGGAUGGAGAGAAGGGGCUGA